AUGGCGGAGCGCAGGAGGACCAUUGCGUCCAACCAGCUCCCCUACAACCAGCCACAAGUCCCCUCGUCCAUUCCACGCCCAGCAAACACCGGCCUUCGCCAGUCGCUCGCCCCGCAAGCAGCAGGCAGGCAGUCUCUUGCGCCGGGCGCUUUCGGCGGGAACAUGCGUGGGCGGGCGAGCAUGGCGCCGUCUGCUUAUGCAGGAGCAGGAGGUGGACUUGGCGACAGCCAGGUCUCGUCUUCGUCGCAGCCGCAAGGGUCGCAAGGAGCAGCAGGAGGCUCGCAGUUCUCGCAAGGGCACGGCGGUCUCCCGAUGACGGUCAGCAGGUCGGGUCACACGUACUCGUCGAACAUGGGGGGAAGCAUGAGCGUCGCGAGGGGGCAAGGCGCGUUGAGGAGUUCGAUGGCGCAGCCUUAUGGAAUCGACAACAUUCCCGGGACCGAACGCCGCACCUCGACCUUCCGCCGCUCGAUGGCUGCAUCCGUCAUUGCGACGCCCGGCGGCGGUCACAUCGGCGCCCCUUCUCGCCACCUCAAAUCGGCGGUGGACCCGCGCAACUACAAGACGCGCGAGGCCCGCGAGGCGAUGAACGAGGACAUCCUGAACUUCUGUGGGGAACGGCAGUUCGACCUGACGAAGGAGGACCUCAAGUCCGUCACACAGGUCAAGUUCUGGCAACUGUUCGAGUGGCUCGUCAAGCAGUACGACCCGCAAGUCGUCUUCACGACGGUCGACAAGACGGGCGCGAAGAAGGACCAGAAGACGGUCGUCGAUGCCAUCAUCCAGGUCAUGCAGGCUUGCCAGUACCCGUUCGCCGACAAGGUGUCGAAGAGCCAUCUCCAGGCACCCGGUUCGGCGUCGAACUGGCCAGGCAUCCUCGCCAUGCUGCACUGGUUCGUCGUGACCGUCAAGGCCCGCGAAACCGCCUUCCUCUCUGCCGCCUCUCUCCAAGUCCCUGCGCCAGACUACCACGCUCGUCUCGCGGCUGGCGAGGACGUCAUGGACGAUGCAUGGCGCGAGUACACGGCCAAGGCGUACCAGACAUUCCUGCAAGGCGGCGGCGUCGCUAUUGCUGGUCCGGACGGUCAGGAGUCGUACGUGUAUCCCGAGGAGGAGGACGAGUUGAGGGACAUCGUCAACCAGCAAACCGAGACGCUCCGCCGACGCGUCGAUGCGCUCCGCGACGAGCACGACAAACUUUCCCGCGAGUGGCAGGAGCUAUCGAGGACUCCGGACGAGAUGAUAGCCUUUCGGACUCGCCAGGACGGGAUUGCAAAGGACCUUGCCAAGUACGAGGACACGAUCGAGAAGUUGAAGGCCAGCAUACAGGCUCGCGCGAUGGACAAGCAGCGGCUCGAGGGCGAGAUCAAGCGUAUCCAGGAGGGGAUCGAGGCGAAGCAGGCGGAGCGCACGCAGCUCGAGCGCAUUAUCAAGGGUCAGAAGCUCACGCCGAUGGAGAUCCAGUCUCUCAACGCCGACAAGGAGAAGCUCGGCAAUCAAAUCCGCGACGCGCAAGAGCGGUAUCGCAAUGCCGUGACGCGAACGAUGAACUUCGAGGUCGACAUGAUCAAGGCGAUCGAGAAGGCGACGGCUUUGGCCGCCAGCUACGAGGAGAAGGCGCAAGCGCUCGGUCUCCUGAACGGGCCGGUUGAAGGGUUCGAGGACGUCCCGUUCGUGCAGGAGAUCAACAGCGCGAGCGACAGUCCCGUCCCCGAAGGUCUCGCCACGCAGGUCAAGCCCGCGUUGCUCAAGCUCCGCGACAGGACCAAGCACGAGAUUCGCGAGGUCAACAACCAGGACGUGCAGGUCGAGGAGGAGCUGACGCGGCUGGCGGAGGACGUCGCGGACCUGCGAGAGGCGCUCAACCAGCGCGAGCAGGAGGUGCAGGUCGCCAAGACCGAGGCGAACCGCAUGGACGACGCAUCGCGGCGGGAAGUCGAGACGUCCGAGGCGGAGCUGCGACGCCUCGAAGCCCAGGUCGCUUCCAUCAGCGCUACGGUCGACCGUGCGCUCGUCGAAGCCAACCACCGCUACGAGCAGCGCAACGUCGAGCGCAUGGCUGCAAACCAGACCACGAACGCCGUCCGACGCCGCAACCGCGACGCUCUCGAGCAGGCGAUCGAGCAGUUCAUGAGCUACAAGGAGCACAUGAACGACGGGACAGACAAGCUCACGGUCUUGCUCGACGAGGUCGUCGCGAGCGGCUGCCUGGCGCGAUGA